CUUUAAAUACUGUUGUCAUGUGUUGUAACCAAGGAAGGUACCAGCGACCAUGUGACCUAUAGGAGGACCCCUCCAGAGUCUCCCCCAUAUAGACUUUGGGAGGAGCUAGUUCAGUCUCUUGUGUAGUUUCUGCUCAGGAACAGUGAGGUCAAGUGCUGAGAGAGUGUCUGGUGUCCUGAGGAGGCCCAAGGCCUACCACGCAGCCACGCUUCCACUAAUCCAGUACCCCACAGGUGAACAUCAAAAUCUGAUACUGUAGCUGCCAGCAGCUCUGUCGAUAGCCAUGUGAUCUACCGUACUAACAAUGCUUUAGCUGUGUCACCUGACUUGACACAUUGUACUGAUCUCAAUAGUUUCCUGUUUGACAUAGCUCCUUUGGACACUUUACAUUCUUCUGCACGUCUUCCGGCAAUACGGACAACUUACUGUAAAUGAACCUGUGUACUUUGAACUUCAUGGUAUAGUAUAUAUGUCAAAUGCACAGACUCUUAGUGCGUCCUUCUGAACUUACAAGCAGCCAUACCCCUCAGAAAUGCGGAUGUGCAUGCCAUCUAAUGCAUUCAUUUAAAGGAGAACUAUCAUUCCCAUUGUAUCAUGUUUACAGCUAACCUAAGACAAUUUGUGAAAGCAUUCUGUGUCUGCAACUAGACCUGCCCACAAGUUAAGCCAUAAUAAAGGUAGCUCAGAUACAGCGAAAGACUUGAGAAAAGGAGACAUCAUACCGAAGGAAGAUUAACCACUAGCCCUGAUGUCGAUUGACCACAUGCACCAUUCUUUUGUUGGAAGAUAAGACGGCAAUAAAGACAAGCUUGAAAGUGUGGUCAAUGAUACAAGGUAAACAAAAAUGAAAAGCGAGUCUGAAGAAAACCAAGUAGAGGAACAACCAACGUACAACCAUAUACAUCUGGAAAAAAGAGCUAAUAACCAUGUAAAGAUCCUGACGUCACUGAAAAACAACUUAAGAAAAAAUUGUACUUGUAGUACCAAAAAAGCCAAGAAGACCUUCACAGGUUUUUUUCCUGUAAUCCGAUGGCUUCCAAAAUACAAAUUCAAGGAAAAUGCAUGGGGAGAUAUAAUGUCAGGUUUAAUUAUAGGCAUUAUAUUGGUGCCUCAAGCUAUUGCUUAUUCUCUCUUAGCAGGUCUGAAGCCCAUAUACAGCUUGUACACAUCCUUCUUUGCCAACAUCAUUUAUUUUAUAAUGGGGACUUCUCGACAUGUGUCUGUGGGCAUUUUCAGCUUGAUCAGCUUGAUGGUUGGUCAGAUUGUAGACAGAGAAGUGCAGCUUGCAGGUUUUGACCUGGAUGAGGAUGUUUUCAGGGGUAUAAAAGAUGGAAAUGCUACGGAUGUCAUCAUGAACAUAACAACUGUUAAUAUUACCUUUGGCCCAUUAAACAUUGAAUGUGGAAAGGAAUGCUAUGCCAUCAGUAUUGCAGCAGCGCUAACAUUUAUGGCUGGAAUAUACCAGCUUCUUAUGGGCAUAUUCCGUCUGGGAUUUCUGUCAAUAUAUCUAUCAGAGCCCAUGCUGGAUGGCUUUGCUACAGGUGCUUCACUAACAAUUUUAACAGCCCAAGUGAAAUAUCUUCUAGGAAUAAAGAUCCCCCGAAGCCCGGGUAUAGGAAUGCUGCUCACAACCUGGAUUAAUAUAUUUCAAAACAUUCACACUACAAAUAUUUGUGAUGUGGUGACAAGUGCAAUAUGUAUUGCUGUGUUAGUUGCUGCAAAAGAACUUGGAGAUCGCUACAAAGACAAAAUUAAGAUUCCUCUUCCAACAGAACUGGUUGUGAUUGUCGUGGCUACACUUGUGUCCCACUACUGCAACCUAAAUGAAUUAUAUCACUCAAGUGUCUCUGGUGUCAUUCCAACAGGAUUCAUCCCACCAAAAGUGCCCGAUUUUAGCCUUAUGGGUAAAAUUGCUGUGGAUGCUUUUCCUCUUGCUAUUGUCAGUUUUGCGUUCACCAUUUCUUUGUCAGAAAUGUUUGCCAAGAAGUAUGCAUACACUGUUGAGGCCAAUCAGGAGAUGUUUGCUAUUGGAUUCUGCAAUAUUAUUCCAUCCUUUUUCCACUGUUUUGCUACCAGCGCCGCACUGGCCAAGACUCUAGUAAAAACCUCAACAGGGUGUAAGACACAGGUUUCCAGUGUUGUUAGUGCAAUUGUGGUAUUGUUAGUUCUAUUAUUUUUUGCACCAUUAUUUUACUCCCUACAAAAAUGUGUAUUGGCCUGUAUAAUAAUUGUGAGUUUACGGGGGGCUCUUAGGAAAUUUAAAGACUUUCCAACUCAAUGGCGCCUUAACAAAAUAGACGCAAUCGUCUGGAGUGUCACUGUGUGUUCUUCUGCCUUAAUCAGCACAGAAGUGGGUCUUGCGGUAGGAGUGAUAUUUUCCAUGCUAUGCCUUGUUGUACGCACUCAGAUACCUCACACUGCCAUGCUUAGUCACAUACAGGACACUGUUUUUUACGAGGAUGGUGACAAAUAUGAAAAUCUACUGCCUAUUCCAAAAAUCAAGAUUUUCCGUUUUGAAUCUCCCCUUUUCUAUGCAAACAAAGACUAUUUUCUAAAGUCUCUGUAUAAAAAGGUAGAUAUGAAUCCCAGUCUUGAAAUAAUCAGACGGAAAAAAAUGGAGAAAAAACUAAAGAAGCAAAAAGGAAAAAAACAAGAAGAAAAUAUGAAAAACAAUGAUAAUGAUAUACAUAUAGAGCUUGUGAGUAAGAAAAAUGACUUGGAAACUAUUAUUCUGGAUUGUUCUUGCAUAGCAUUUCUAGAUACAUCUGGCAUCAAUGUUCUUAAGGGAAUAGUGAAAGAUUACAAAGAGGUACAAAUCACUGUUCUCUUGGCUUGUUGCAAUAGAUCUGUCAUUGAUGCCCUCUGCAGGGGAGCUUACUUUGGAAAACAUGACAAGGAUAUCCAUAAGAUGUUAUUUCAUAACAUACAUGAUGCUGUUCAAUUUGCCAGAGGGAGCCAGUUGGCCAUAACAGAUUCUACGGUAUAGCUGUUGAGGGAUCAUUUCACACUGUCUCGCCAAAGCCAUAAAUUCAAUAAAACAA